AUGCCCACACCGCAUUCGGGGCCGGUCUCGUUGACACGAUACCGGCCCAUCCUCUACCUCUUCACCGGCGUCGCAGCGGCCUAUGCAGUUGUCUACAUCCAUAACAAUGUCAUUUUGCCACGCCGUUCCCAACCCUCGCUGCGACGUCGAAACGCUGUGCGCCGCCACCGGCGAAGCGAUGCCGAAGAACUUGCGCUGCUCGAGACCCCGUCCUACCGUGCCAUCGCCCACCUCGAACAACUGGAGCGGCAGAAUGGAGUGUACGGAACAUUUCGUAUCGAGACUGAAGACGGACGACGUGUGGAAAGUGGCCUCUUGCCUUCGCUGCUCGCUACACGCGACCAGCUGAUGGAGGAGGUUGGUGUCCCUCCGGCUCACGCGGAGCGCAUGCGCGAAAUGAUGGAAGAUACUUUUCUGGAAUCUUUUCUUGCUCUCGACUUCCCCUCCGCCCACACUCUUGCAGACAACAGCCCAGAAAGGGCUUACUUGACGGAGCAACUUCAACGACGAGGGAUUUCCAGGGCGGGCAUUGAGAGGGCGCUGAUACGGUUCAAUGGAGACGAAAACUACGGGGAGGAGCUGCGUCGUCGGAGGCAGAACGGCGAGCGAGUAACACUCUCUACCUCCACCUUCCCGGAUGUGUCGGGACCGCCGCAGAACCCUGACGGUGCGGAAACGGUGGUUGAUGAUCAGAGUGUCUUCUCCUGGCGGGAUGGGAACAAUGACGCCUCUCCGACACGAGAGGGUCAGAAUCUACUGAACCUGCUGUACCACAUUGCCGAGGAUCAGGCGCGGAGAGAUGGCUAUAUUCACCGGGGCGUGACUUGCAACAGCUGCGGCGCCAUGCCCAUCCAGGGUAUCCGAUACCGAUGUGCGAACUGCAUCGACUAUGACCUUUGUGAGACAUGCGAGGCGAUGCAAGUACAUAUCAAAACGCAUCUGUUUUACAAGGUGCGGAUUCCGGCUCCCUUCUUGGGCAACCCACGACAAUCACAGCCUGUGUGGUAUCCUGGGAAGCCCGCGAUGCUCCCACGCAGCCUUCCACGGCCCCUUGCCAAGCGUCUCAUGAAGGAGACGAGCUUCGAAAACACCGAGCUCGAUGCCCUCUGGGACCAGUUCCGCUGCCUGGCCAACUACGAAUGGGCAGAUGAUCCGAACAAGUUGUACAUGGCCAUCGACCGCAAAACAUUUGACCGAUGCUUUGUACCCAACACCUCCAUUCGGCCGCCUCCUCCCAGCCUCAUCUACGACCGCAUGUUUGCGUUCUACGACACAAAUAACGACAAUCUCAUCGGGUUUGAAGAGUUCCUCAAGGGACUGGCGAGUUUGAAUAAUAAAAGUAAUGAUGAAAGGCUACGGCGUGUCUUUCGUGGAUACGAUAUCGAUGGAGAUGGUUACGUGGAGCGCAAGGACUUCCUUCGAGUUUUCAGGGCGUACUAUGCUCUCAGCCGGGAGCUAACCCGGGAUAUGGUUGCCGGGAUGGAGGAUGACUUUUUGGAGGGUGGCGCUCGCGAUGUCGUUCUUGGUAGCCAGCCUAUCAGCUCUGCUUUUCCAGGCAACAUUCCCUCGGGCGAGCCUUCACGGACUGGUGAGGGCAAACGGGCGAAUCAGGAUGGCGAUAUGGAAAUCGUCGACAACGAAGGUAUCUUGCGACAGGACGGUGACGACACUGGUGACCGACACUCAGUCGUUGGUGACGCUGCCGUGCGAGAACAGUUCGGACGAGUGCGUCCGAUGUUCCCGUCAACAGUUCGACUUCCUCGUGCCGAGGUUGAGGCUUCCCUGGCGGAACUUGAUCAUGGUGAUGACGAUAACGAUGAUGCCAGCGAAUCUUCUGACGAGUCCAGCUCCUCAGUUGCCAGCGCCAACUGGCCACCAGCCGAACACAUCCACGAGGAAGACAUUAUCGACGCGCUGGGGACAUAUGUUCCUCCUCAAGAGAUUACCGAUCCCGUCGACAGAGCCCGUAUCGCUACCUCGGUGUAUCACAGAAUGCGUGAUGACGAUCGUCGCCGAGUAGACGAGGCUCGACGAUAUGGUAUUGACGAGCGCUGGAGACGCCGGGCAUUCUAUACGGACGAAGAAGACGGUGCAACCGUCCCCGAGGGAUACCAACGGGACCCGGCCGUGGAUGAUUAUCUCAGUGAUGACGAGAAGCUCCAUGUACCGCAGAAUUUUGACUCGCACCCGCCUUCUCCUCGUUCGCGAUCAUCGUCUAAGGUGCGAUUUGAAGACGACCUCACCGACGAUUACGAUGUACGCUCAAACCCGUCAACAUCAUCCCGGAGCAUACCGGUCGGCGAACGAUGGGGAGGUUUCGAGAUACCGGAAGUCGAAAAGGAUGUGGGCAAAGAGAUUUUGUAUCAGGUCACGCAACAGGGAUUCAACGAGCUUCUCGACAUCCUGUUUAAACCGAAAGAGGAUCUGAUUAUGGAAGCGUAUCGGACACGAGCUGAUCGCAAGGCAUGGGCUCGGGAGAUUGAGCUUGUGGAGAAAGCCGAUCCUCAAAAAGGCACUGCCAAAGAAGCGCAGGCAAGCAACGAGGGAGAACUGCGACCGGUCACCAGUGAAAGGUCUCUGGAUGACCUCUUGCAGCGCUCUGGCUAUGCCGUACUCAGUCCGGUGGCGGAGUCCGUCAGUAUAGGGCCAGUGUUAGCCCCACCAUCCCCAGGGGUUGUAUCGCCCAGGGACACCGAGAACGACGACGUUCGGCCUUCUCAUCUCGGUGAUCCAGGGGAUGAUGCUGCCAUCGGUCAAGACCGGCCGUUCGAAGGGGAUUACGACGAGACUGAGUCAGAUGCAUCUGACCCAGAGUCCUCAGAAGAUAUCUCCCCAGUUGCGGACGAAGAAGAGCCGUACUAUGAUCCUACUUUACCCCAACACCGUCCAAACGCUGGAUUAACUCGUCCUCGUCUUUCUUUCCGCGACGAGCCCUCUGUGAUAGCCUCACCAGAACCCUCCGACCUCCCGCUGGAGCUCCGCCUCCAACCAAACGGCACAACCUCUCUCCCUGCACCGUCUUCUCCUGACUCUUCGUCCGCCGAAGCCGAAGCCACGGCACCCAAACCCCGUCCCUCGCCUAUGCAGCCACUCCCACCGCCAACCUCGAAGACCGACCAAGUCACGGAACCUUCUGGCCUGCACAAACCGUCACCCAAGACCAUUGCCCGAUGGGCGUACCUGAACCAGGUCGAGCGCGAAGCCAAGGAGCGCGGCGGCAGCGGAGCAAAGCUUAACUUCGAGGAGUUUUCCCGCCGCAUGGCUGCAGACCGCGGACGAAGGCUCGGGUUUGUGGCUACCUGGAUUGAGAUGGCUAGUUUUUAG